AUGGAUUUCCGGCGUUCGUUUAACAAUGAGGGUGAAGACUCGAUUAGGAGUGCCUCCGAUGAUAGUUGCAGACAUUAUUGUGCGAGUGAUGAUGAAUACAAUGACGACGAAUACCUUGAGUGCAAUGAGGGACGCGAAAGCGGGGAAAAAGGUGUAGGGGUUACCGUUGAUCGUAAUGGGUCGGGUGAUGCAGGUGAUGCGGCAGAGGGUGGUCUCUGUUGGCCAGUCGGUGCGAAUAACUUCUUGGAAAAAGAGUUUGCGACAGAGGAGGAUGCUUAUGCUGCCUACAAGGAAUUUGCUAAAUUAAGAGGUUUUGGAGUUCGGAAGGGAGAUGUAGCUCGUGUGAAUAUGGUGUUGAUUAGGAGAGAUUUUUUCUGCCAUCGACAAGGUACAAGACAUCAUAAGCACUAUGACUUUUCUGAGCGAGUAAGGGAGGAGAGGUUGGAGAGUUGCACGGACUGUAAGGCAAAGUUGAAGAUUUACUAUGAUAUGCAGGAUAAUGUGUGGAGGGUCAGGAUCAUCAUGGACGAACACAACCACGAACUUACCCCAACAGUGUUCGCACAUCUCUUUCCUAGUCAUCGGAAGAUGAGUGAUGGUGACAAGGCACAGGUUGCGCGAAUAUGCAAUGGCGACGCCGCGACGACUAUCAGUUACUUAGAGGAAAAGGCAAAUGCUGACAUGAGGACGGUGGCCCAAUACACACAGACCCCGGACAAUCGUUUGGGUAGCCUAAUUUGGGCUGACGAUGAGAUGAUAUUGGAUUAUCAGCUAUUUGGUGAUGUCUUGGCUUUUGAUUCGACGUACCGAUCUAACAAGUACAAGAAACCACCGGUGGUUUUCUCCGGAUCAAAUCACCACAAACAGACAUCAAUAUUUAGGUUCGCAUUGCUGGAUGAUGAAGAGGUCCACACUUAUAGUCUGUUGCUGACCACUGGCCUUGAUUCACUCGAGCGGUUUGCAUCGAAGGUGUAUACAAGAGCAGUGUUUAGAGAAGCGAAGAAACAAAUUAAGGCUGUGGCUACUUUAUUGUUUCGGGGCAAGGACAGCAUCAGCACGACAACUGUGUACACAUUCUCGUGA